GGCCGGACCCGAAGCGCAGGCCGAGCGGACCUCUGUUAGUCCGUCAGUCCGCCCGUUCGGUACCCCGCGCGCCUCGGCCUUCAUCGCCGUCCCGCGGUCCCUUUGGCCCGAAGGGCGGCCGAGGCGCUCGCCAUGGCGACGUUCGUCUCAGUGCAGCUGAAGAAGACCUCGGAGGUGGACCUGGCCAAGCCGCUGGUGAAGUUCAUCCAGCAGACGUACCCGAGCGGCGGGGAGGAGCAGGCCCAGUACUGCCGCGCGGCGGAGGAGCUCAGCAAGCUGCGCCGCGCCGCGCUCGGCCGCCCUCUGGACAAGCACGAGGGCGCGCUCGAGACGCUGCUGAGAUACUAUGAUCAGAUCUGUUCCAUUGAACCCAAAUUUCCAUUUUCUGAAAACCAGAUCUGCUUGACAUUUACCUGGAAGGAUGCUUUUGAUAAAGGUUCACUUUUUGGAGGAUCUGUAAAAUUGGCUCUUGCAAGCCUAGGAUAUGAAAAGAGCUGUGUGUUGUUCAAUUGUGCAGCCUUAGCUAGCCAGAUUGCAGCGGAACAGAACCUGGAUAAUGAUGAAGGAUUGAAAAUCGCUGCUAAGCAUUAUCAGUUUGCUAGUGGUGCCUUUUUGCAUAUUAAAGAGACGGUUUUAUCUGCCUUGAAUAGAGAGCCUACUGUGGACAUAUCUCCAGAUACCGUUGGGACUCUCAGUCUUAUCAUGCUGGCGCAGGCCCAAGAAGUAUUUUUUUUAAAAGCCACGAGAGAUAAAAUGAAAGAUGCUAUCAUAGCUAAAUUGGCUAAUCAGGCUGCAGAUUAUUUUGGUGAUGCUUUUAAACAGUGUCAGUACAAAGAUACUCUCCCAAAGUAUUUUUAUUUCCAGGAGGUGUUCCCUGUCUUGGCUGCAAAGCACUGUAUCAUGCAGGCCUAUGCUGAGUACCACCAGUCUAUCCUGGCAAAACAGCAGAAGAAAUUUGGAGAAGAGAUUGCAAGGCUACAGCAUGCAGCAGAAUUGAUUAAAACAGUGGCAUCUCGCUAUGAUGAAUAUGUCAACGUGAAGGAAUUUUCUGACAAAAUCAACCGUGCCCUUACUGCAGCAAAGAAGGAUAAUGACUUCAUUUAUCAUGAUCGAGUUCCAGACCUUAAAGAUCUCGACCCUAUUGGCAAAGCCACACUUGUGAAAUCUACACCAGUCAGUGUACCCAUCAGCCAGAAAUUCACUGAUCUGUUUGAGAAAAUGGUUCCUGUGUCAGUGCAGCAGUCUUUGGCUGCCUGUGGUCAGAGGAAAGCUGAUUUAGUUAACAGAUCAAUUGCUCAAAUGAGAGAAGCCACCACUUUGGCAAAUGGGGUGUUAGCUUCACUUAAUCUUCCAGCAGCAAUUGAAGAUAUAUCUGGAGAUACUGUACCUCAGUCUAUACUGACUAAGUCCACAUCUGUGAUUGAACAGGGAGGCAUCCAGACUGUUGAUCAGUUGAUCAAAGAGCUACCUGAACUUCUACAAAGAAAUAGAGAAAUCCUAGAUGAGUCAUUAAGACUGUUGGAUGAAGAGGAAACAACUGACAAUGAUUUAAGAGCAAAAUUCAAGGAACGCUGGCAAAGGACACCAUCCAAUGAACUCUAUAAGCCCUUAAGAGCAGAGGGAAGCAACUUCAGAACUGUUUUGGAUAAAGCUGUGCAAGCAGAUGGACAGGUGAAAGAGCGUUACCAGGCUCACCGGGACACCAUUGCACUUCUGUGUAAGCCGGAGCUGGAGCUGAAUGCUGCCAUCCCAUCUGCUAACCCAGCGAAGACCAUGCAGGGCAGCGAGGUUGUAAAUGUCUUAAAAUCCUUACUGACAAAUCUUGAUGAAGUAAAGAAGGAAAGAGAGAGGCUGGAGAAUGACCUGAAAUCAGUGAAUUUUGACAUGACGAGCAAAUUUUUGACUGCUCUGGCUCAAGAUGGUGUGAUAAAUGAAGAAGCUAUUUCUGUUACUGAACUGGAUCGAAUCUAUGGGGGUCUUACAACUAAAGUCCAAGAAUCUCUAAAGAAACAAGAAGGACUUCUUAAAAAUAUUCAGGUCUCACACCAGGAAUUUUCAAAAAUGAAACAGUCUAACAAUGAAGCUAAUUUAAGAGAAGAAGUUUUGAAGAAUUUAGCUGCUGCAUAUGACAACUUUGUUGAACUUGUAGCUAAUUUGAAGGAGGGCACAAAGUUUUACAAUGAGCUGACUGAAAUACUCAUCAGAUUCCAGAACAAAUGCAGUGAUAUAGUGUUUGCACGGAAGACAGAGAGGGAUGAACUUUUAAAGGACUUGCAACAAAGCAUUGCCAGAGAACCUAGUGCUCCUUCAAUUCCUACACCUGCGUAUCAGUCCUCUCCAGCAGGGGGACACACGUCAACGCCUCCAACUCCAGCGCCAAGAACCAUGCCGCCUGCUAAGCCCCAGCCCCCAGCCCGGCCUCCACCUCCUGGGCUUCCAGCAAAUCGAACUCCUCCAGCUCCAGCUCCAGUGAGCACUGGGACCACUGCACCAGCUCCAUCACAGACUCCUGGUUCAGCUCCCCCUCUGCAGGCCCAGGGACCCCCAUACCCCACUUAUCCAGGGUAUCCCGGGUAUUGCCAAAUGCCCAUGCCCAUGGGCUAUAAUCCUUACGCGUACGGCCAGUAUAAUAUGCCAUAUCCGCCAGUGUAUCACCAGAGCCCUGGACAGGCUCCAUAUCCAGGACCCCAGCAGCCUUCAUACCCCUUCCCUCAGCCCCCACAGCAGCCUUACUAUCCACAGCAGUAGUGUGUCAGCUCAGAAGAUCAGCUGGUUCAGCUCAGAGGGAAAGAAAUACCAACCCUGCAAUAAGUGUACUAAACCCUACGCUCUGGUUAAUAUAACGUACUCUGAUGUACUGAGUGCAGUGUGUAAUUUCUGUCUGCGGCUAGAAGCUGUGCCCCAGUUCCACAUUUGAUUGCACAUGGGCCAUUUGCUGCUGUUGCAGUAUAAAGACUAAGUGUAUUAGGAUUUGAAAUAAAUUACAUUACAGUUCAUAAAAGUUGAAAAUGAGAAAUUAAACCCACAAAUGAAACGUUUGAAAUUAUUAUACUUAGUUCUACAUAAGAUAUGAUUGGAACAUCAGAGGCUUACAAUGACGGUUUCAGUACUGAUACUCAAGAAAACUAAGUUAUCUUUCUCUUUUGGUUUAUUGAUUUGGUUUAAUUUUCAUUAUGCUAUUUUGCAUAAUCAAAACAUUGUAAAUCUUAUAAUUUAAAAAUAAAUUCCUUAAGAACAGUUGUCAUUGUUAUGUUUUGUCAUUGAUUCUCAUUCCUGUCUAAUUUCUUUCUGGUAUUAGUCUCUCAUUUUAUGUGUACACAGGUUAAACAGAUCAUGAGUUAAGUGCAUGAUUAAUACAAGUUAAUAGGUUCAAGUACAUUUUAUAGGAAAACCAAAAGAAUAAUAACCAUAAUUUAUCUUUCAUAUGCUGAUUAGUAAAUUAAUUUUGACAUUUAUUUUGAAAAAUCAUAUAAUGUGGAAGAAACACAAUUGCU